AAAACACAGACACACGCACACACACAGAAAGAGAGAGAGAGAGAGAGAGACAGAAAACAAGCCCCGCGAGCUUCCAAGGCUCCUCGGAUCUGGAAAGAGAAGCGAGAUUGGAGAAAGUACAGCGAUGCCAAGGAGGAAACAGCAGGCACCCAAACGGGCAGCAGGUUACGUCCAAGAUGAUGAUUCAAAAGAGGAGGAAGACGUAAAAGAGGAGGAAGAGGAUGAUGACGAGAGCAACUCGACAGCUCGUCUUCAGGGCAGCAAUGACCCUGGCACAGAUGAAGAGCAUGAUGCAGGCCCCGAUCCAAAAGGUGGCUUUAGCUACCAGAACUCUCCAGUAAGUCAUAUCUCUAAUCAGGAUGUUGAAAACGAAUCCCUGUUAAGUGAUGCGAGCGACCAGGUGGCGGAUAUUAAAAGCCUUUGUUCUAGAGAGCCGCAAGACCCCAAAGCCAAUGUCCACCCCAAACCUCCCAGCGAAGCACACAGCUGCAUGGAUAAAAUGACAGCGGUAUACGCCAACAUCCUUUCAGAUUCUUACUGGACAGGUCUAGGACUCGGACUCAAGCUGUCCAGCUCAGAUAAGAGGGGCUGCGACAACAGGAACGGGGCAAGCAAAAGUGACUUUGAUUGGCACCAAGACGCACUGACCAAGAGCCUGCAGCAGAGCUUACCAGCGCGGCCUGUCUCCAAACCAAACCUUUUCAGCUCCGUCCAGCUCUACAGGCAAAGCAGCAAAAUGUGCGGGACCGUAUUCACCGGCGCCAGUAGGUUUCGGUGCAGGCAAUGUAGCGCUGCCUACGACACCCUGGUGGAGCUGACUGUCCACAUGAACGAAAGUGGUCAUUAUCAAGAUGACAACCAUAAAAAAGACAAGCACAGGCCUGCCAGCUACUCCAAGCCCCGGAAAAGGGCCUUUCAGGACAUGGAUAAGGAAGAUGCCCAGAAAGUCCUGAAAUGCAUGUUCUGCGGCGACUCCUUCGAUUCCCUUCAAGAUCUAAGCGUCCAUAUGAUAAAAACAAAACACUACCAAAAAGUGCCUUUGAAGGAGCCGGUGCCUACCAUUUCUUCCAAAAUGGUAACUCCAGCUAAAAAACGUGUGUUCGAUGUCAACAGGCCUUGUUCUCCAGACUCAACCACGGGGUCGUUUGCAGACACCUUUUCUUCCCAGAAGAAUGCGAACCUGCAGCUGUCCUCGAACAACCGCUAUGGCUACCAAAACGGAGCCAGCUACACGUGGCAGUUCGAGGCGUGCAAAUCACAGAUCCUCAAGUGCAUGGAAUGCGGGAGCUCGCACGACACAUUGCAGCAGCUCACCACACACAUGAUGGUGACGGGCCACUUCUUGAAAGUCACAAGCUCGGCCUCUAAGAAAGGAAAGCAGCUUGUUUUGGAUCCGCUGGCUGUGGAGAAGAUGCAGUCGCUUUCCGAAGCACCGGCUGGUGGCGAUGGUCUGCACGUGAAGCCCUCCAGUAAUGCAUCGACGGAUUCCGCAGCUCCUGCUUCGGAGCUGAAGAAAGAAAGGAAGCAAAAUAAAUCGGAGGAAGUGAUCAAAGACGAGAAAGCGGUGAAGAACGAAGACUAUGAAGAUACUCUUCAGAAACCGCUGGAUCCUACGAUAAAAUACCAGUAUCUUCGGGAGGAAGAUCUGGAAGAUGCUUCCAAAGGUGGUGGAGACAUUUUGAAGUCUUUGGAAAACACGGUCACCACUGCCAUCAAUAAAGCUCAAAACGGAGCACCCAGCUGGAGUGCGUAUCCUAGUAUCCAUGCAGCUUAUCAGCUUUCAGAAGGAGCAAAGCCUUCCUUACCAGUGGGGUCCCAGGUGUUGCAAGUUAGGCCAACGGUCACGAAUAAGCUGAGGCCUAUUGCUCCAAAAUGGAAAGUAAUGCCUCUGGUUCCUAUCUCAACUAACAUGGCCCAAUGCCCUCAAGUGAAGAAGGAAGGAGACAUCAAAAAGGAAGCACAAAAGGACCAUGUUAAAGAGGGCAACAAAGCUGUGGAUGCGCCCCCUGCCUGUCAAAAUGAAGGUCACUCUCCCCCUCAGGUUGAAGUGUAUGUAGAGCCUAAAAAGCCAGAGCCAAGUCCUUCGAAAGAAGAGGACAAGGCCAAAGAAGAGGAGGAGAAAGACAAAGCAAAUGCAAAGGAUUCAGCGCCACCAGCUCUUACCAAUGGCUGCACUACUUCCAACCACUCCUCUGAGCUGCCUUGUCUAAACCCUCUGAGCGCUCUGCAGUCUGUGCUGAAUAACCACUUGGGCAAAGCCAAUGAGCCUUUGAGACCUCAGUCCAACACCAGCCCCAGUUCAAGUUCAGCCUCUAUGUUCCACAAACCUAAUUUAAACAUGAUGGAGAAGCCAGUUCUGUCUCCCACCCCAGCGCCAACGAAACCUGCAACCGUUACAUCCAGGCAUUAUGUGUUCGAAAACAGCGAUCAGCCAAUAGACCUGACCAAAUCUAAAAGCAAGAAGGGAGAGUCUGUCCAAGCACAAUCUUGCACUUCCCCACCUCAGAAACACGCCCUGUCUGACAUUGCGGACAUGGUCAAAGUUCUCCCCAAAGCUACGACGCCAAAACCUGCUGCCUCGUCCAGAAUACCAUCGAUGAAACUGGAAAUGGAUGUCCGACGUUUUGAAGAUGUCUCAACAGAAGUCUCCACGUUGCACAAAAGAAAGGGAAGGCAAUCCAACUGGAAUCCUCAGCAUCUCCUCAUUUUGCAAGCUCAGUUUGCUUCCAGCCUUUUCCAAACUUCCGAAGGUAAAUAUUUAUUGUCAGACUUGGGUCCCCAAGAACGCAUGCAGAUUUCCAAAUUUACUGGACUGUCCAUGACUACGAUCAGCCAUUGGUUGGCAAAUGUCAAGUACCAACUCAGAAAAACUGGAGGGACAAAAUUUCUGAAAAACAUGGAUAAAGGGCACCCCAUCUUUUAUUGCAGUGACUGUGCAUCUCAGUUUAGAACCCCGUCAACGUACAUCAACCAUUUAGAAUCCCAUCUAGGUUUCCAAAUGAAAGACAUGAACAAGCUGGCUGUGGAGCAGCAAACCAAGGUAGAACAAGAAAUCUCCAGAAUUUCAGUUCAAAGGUCUCCUGAAACAAUAGCUGGAGAAGAGGACACAGACUCUAAGUUCAAAUGUAAGUUGUGCUCUCGGACAUUUGUGAGCAAACACGCAGUAAAACUUCAUCUAAGCAAAACACACAGCAAGUCGCCAGAACACCAUUCACAGUUUGUAGCGGAAGUGGAUGAAGAAUAACUCCUAAGGAGACAACUGACAAUUCGGUGGUAAAUGGAAGAAAGAGGCGAACAGUGCUGGAAAUCUCUAAUGCAUUGACACUAACGUGCCCUCUAUUGUUGAAAAUGAGCAGGCAAUCAUGAAUGUUCAUCAAAUGGCUCCUAAUGCAGUUAAAGUAUUCAGCUAUAAUUUCUCCUUGCAUUUAUAAUUACUGUCAUAGACUGCACACCUCAGUGAGCAGAUUAAAGCUAUAAACUAUUUAGCCAUAGCUUUAAGAUGAGGAACUUGAUUUGUCUGGCAGCAGUUAUUUGUUAGGAGAGCUUGACACUUCACAUAAAAAUGACUCAACCUGAUGAAGAACAAUGCGGCCUGAACAAUGCAGAGGUUUUAAAUCAGUCAUUUAUACCACGCCCUGGAAGGAUUGCAAAGCAAUUUGUUAAAUGAUCUAUAGGACGCGCAGAUAACCGUGUGUGUUAAGUAUACCCAAAUAUAUAUUAUUUUUUUAAAGGUAGGCCCUUCUCGGUUGGUUGGAUUUCUUGCUGUGGCGGGCAGGGUUCUUCAAUGUGUCGCUCUCGCCUUUGGGAGAGCAUGUGUGUGUUGAGGCUGAUUGUGAGGGCAGAACUGGACAGUGCAAACUUGAGGGGUGAUGACAAAGUGUCAUUUGUUGACAAGGACCAGAAAAUGCCCAGUAUAAUGAAGACAGGAUGCUUAGCUAUUUGGACUGGAUGGUCCAAUGAGGGAGAAGAAAGUCCAUGGGUUAUUGUUUCCUGACCAUAGGAGGUCGGGGAAAACCCAAGUUAGAUCACCCACUCAGAGAAUUAAAUUAUUUAUCCUGCUUUUCCAUAUAUAUUUUUUUUCCCAAACAGUUUUUAAAAGUGGACAAUUUGUGUUUCCGGGCAGGUGUUUCUUGUGGAAUAGAUGCAGCAUCCACAUGACAGCCCCAAUUUCAGAUUUGCCCUUUCCAUGUAAAUCUGAUAAGUAAACCAACCAACAAAAACCCUGUUGCCACUGACCUACUUGUGAUAUCUCAGUGGCCUGUUUGCAAAUCAAGCCCCGUUUGAAAUUAAGCUGAGAACUUGCCCAUAGCUGAGAGAAGGGAUAGAACACAAGCAGAAUCCCCAUUCAUUCAUUCAUUCAUUCAUUUCACUUAUACCCCACCUUUCCUCCAAAGAUGUUUACCCACCACCAACAAUAUUACCGUCACAACAACUCUGUGAAGUAGAAUAGAAUAGAAUAGAAUAGAAUAGAAUAGAAUAGAAUAGAUAUUUAUUGUCAUUGUCCCCUUGCAGGAACAAUGAAGUAGGUCCAGUAUACCUGAAGGAGCGUCUCCACCCCCAUCGUUCUGCCCGGACACUGAGGUCCAGUACCGAGGGCCUUCUGACGGUUCCCUCGUUACAAGAAGCCAAGUUGAUGGGAACCAGGCAGAGGGCCUUCUCGGUGGUGGCGCCUGUCCUGUGGAACGUCCUCCCAUCAGAUGUCAAAGAGAAAAACAGCUACCAGAUUUUUAGAAGACAUCUGAAGGCAGCCGUGUUUAGGGAGGCUUUUAAUGUUUAAUUGUUUUAUUUCAUUUUUCUGUUGUAAGCCGCCCAGAGUGGCUGGGGAGACCCAGCCAAAUGGGCGGGGUAUAAAUAAUAAAUUAUUAUUAUUAUUAUUAUUACUACUACUACUACUACUGACUGGUAAAUGGGUCAAAGUGCUGUGGGAUGAUUUGAACCUGGGUCUCCAAUCCAAGCCUGACAACUCCAUGACCACCACGCACGACACGCUUGCUCUUUAGCUUGUGAUCAUUCAAUCCCUUCCUGCCUUUAUGUAUUUAUUUUUAAAGUGUUUUUUAAUAGAAGAAAAUUACUGUCCAUCUUUCUCAAAAUUGGGUUUCCAGCUGUUGUUGGACUACAACUCCCAUCAUCCCUAGGUAGCAGGACCUGUGGUUAGGGAUGAUGGGAACUGUAGUCUAGAAACAGCCAGCGACCCAAGUUGGGGAAACCCUGAUGUUCUCAGGGCCCUUGGCAAUAACUAACACUGUAAAAUAAAUCACUUUUUUAAAAACGGAGGAAAAAGACUGUGAACAGCAGACUAGAGAACGAGAGCCUGUCUAUAAAGCCUUAAGACGGACAUAUGCUUCAGAAAAUAGACACUUGAACUCCACACUUGUCUUUUGUCAUCUAAUCUUACAUCAGACCCUUGAUAGGGGCUGGCAAAAAAUCACCUCCUUAUGUUGGUUUUUCAUGCAGUAGCAUAACAUUCAGUUAUCACAUGCAUGGAAAGUGCUUGGGCCAAUAAUGGUCACCAAUAGGGCUAUGAGAACUUUUUUCAUAUCUAGGCUGGGACAUAAACGGUUUGUACAUCUCAAAUGUUCUUUCCUCACUAUGUGGCGCUAUGACCAUCUGGACACAUUUCCUUGUAUCAUCCACCUGGUGGCCAUAACCCUUAGAAAAUAGUCCAUACUCGUUUCUUUGGACCAGGGAUGGAGAAUCUAUGGCCUUGCAGGUGCUAGAACCAUAGAUGCACAGACUUGUAGAGGAGGAAGGGGCCACGGGGGUCAUCUAGUCCAACCCCCUACAAUGCAAGAAUCUUUUUCCAAUGUCUGUUGUUGGACUCCCAACAGCCCCAACCGUUGGCCCUGUUGGCUGGGGAUGAUGGUAGCUGGAGGUCUGCAACAUCUGGAGGGCUACAGGUUUAGUCAGAUGAAAAUAUUCUAGUUCCGCUGUUAUAAGUUUAUGCACAAAUUCAGAAAUGGUCAUGGCUCCCAAAACACUCCUAUGAAGAGAUGGACUUUGGUGCUUUCGGCACUCCAGGGAAAAUAUGUGUCCUUGCGUCCUGCCAACCUCCUAGGAAAUGAGCAUGCAGCCGUUUGGAAUAGGUAAGAGCCCUCCUGGAUUGGAACAAGGAGCUAUGGAUUUCAGGCUUCUCUGCUUCCCACAACAGCUAGCCAGGUGUCUUCGGAAAAGUUACAAGCAGGUUCUGAAUUUGUCAUUCUUCCGCCGAAUGGCAUCAGCAUGGUUUACCAGGGCAUCAAAACAUAGAAGUUUCAUUCAGCUAUCCGAUCACUACCUAUGGUUUUCCUCUAAACAUGAAAAAGGUAGGCCUAGUGUAGCGUGGAACCUGGGAAACUUAGUUCAGUGGUUUCUAAAGGAUCACAAGAUUCACAGGCAUCCCCACUUUAAUGUGGGGAAUGAAAGCUGUGGCCCCCCACAGGUUGUUGGAAUACAACUCCCCUUAACCCUUGAUCCCUGGCCAAGCAACCUGAACUGUUUUCUAUUCCAGGUGGUUGGAACAAGCACUGCAAUUGCCUGAGUUUUUUUUUCCCUUUCUCCCCUUCCUGUCCCCUUUUUUCCUUUUGUGUUGUGGCUUUUAAACUGAAAACCUUAAGUCAGGGAAUUUUUAACUGAUCCGUAAGCUCUUCUGAGAUCCAUUUCAGUAAAACCUUUUAAAUAAGUAAACACCACAACCUUCUCCUUCAGUGAGCACUACGCAUGGCCAACCGUUUUGAUUUUAUACGCCGAAAAGGAGCGUUUAAACCUGGAAAUCUCACUGUGGUUGCAUAACUUUGACGAUAUUUAACAUAUUAUUUAUUUGCACAAAGAUUUAUAUCCUACUUUGCACACUGCUGAGGGCAGUUCAGAUCGACUCUAAGACACAACACGUUGCAAAAUUGUCUUCGCCUUCUCUGACUUUAGUGCAAAAUACACAAAAACCCAGAUAUAAAAUGGAUGGUUACCUAAACAUCGCUUCCAGGAUACAUAAAUCCAGCGGGUUUGGGGUUUUUUUGCCUCCCCUGGGAAAACAAACCCAACAACUCUCCCCACCCCCCAUGGCUAUACACUUGUAAGAUACAGCACUGAGCUGACUUCUCUUGGCAAAUGUUGUCACCACCUGCUGAUGUCAUAGCCCUCCCUCUGAUGUGUGGGUGUGUUCUUGGCUCUAAGCUUUGCACGCUUCUGUUCCCUGCUUGCUUUCUGCCUGAACCCUGACGCUGCUGGCAGAGGGCUGGGGGACUCUGGGGGAUAAGGAAGUGAAACACUACACCUCCAGAUGGUCCGCAGCAGCUGGGCAGAUGUAACAAAAUGAAGGAAGUUGAAAGGUAAGGUCCAAGUUACAUCAGUUAUUGCAAAGCACUAGGGCUGCGGCAUCCGCCUAGCUCCCAAGCUUUCAUUUCCCAUAUUACUUCUGCCAACAAACACCAUGCUCAGGAUCAAGUGACAUUCCCCAGAAUGCAAAAGCUCCUUGAGUGAAGUAUGAAAUGUAUGAAAUCGUAUAUUUAACCGGACAACGUUUUAAUUGAGCAAAAAAAUAUGCUUUAAUGUUUUUCUUUCAAGUGCAUUAGAGAUAUAUGUGCAUUUCCCCCCCGCUCUUUUGUGUGAUGCUGAUAAGAUUAUUUCUUAUGAUUUACUGUGGUCCAUUUUUCAGAAGGACCUAUGUGGAGGAGGAUAGAAGUGGAGCAGAGGGGUUUAGUAUAUUUUAAAUGCAAGCACAUAUAUCCCCCAACAAAUUGCAGAUUGGUAGGGGACCAUUUUGAUCAGGAAUAUGAUCUGUGUGAGUUGGGGCAGACAUCAUGAACUGGUCAGCGCUCUGAUCAGUUAACAAGGUCAUUAAUGCUGCAACCCCGUACCCAUUUUUACUUGACAGUAACUGGAGAGUCCUCGUAAAAAUUAAUAGUGAUGGAGACCUCUCUAGGGAAGGCAUUUGACAAAUGGGGAGCCACCACUGAAAAGACCCUGUCACGGGUCAAUGCCAACCAGGUUUCCCUUAGUGACGUGGCAGCAGCAACAAGGCCUCACCUGUAUGUUGUAAUGUGGUUGAUAUCAGGGUAGAUGCUGCUUUAAUCCUUGGCUCCCAAUUCUGAUGGAUGACGUCCAAGCAAUAAGGACUGCCUUCUGCUCAGCAGGUACAGAAUACUGGCUGGCCGGGGAGAUAAAGCAGAAAUCUAGGAAAGGGGGAAAUUGGAAUGAAAUGGAGCAUCCCCGGGGGGGGGGGGGUGUCAUGAGUUGGCUGGAAGCACUCCAUGCUGCAAAAUCAUGGUGCAGGUCUCAUUUGUCAUAACCAUUUUAAAACGCCAUCUUCCUAGCACAGGCUAAUGAUAAACAUCCGCAUUCCAGAACCCACCCAAAGCAUCUUGUACUUUGAGUUACUUGGGGAAUGGUGAUGUGGAUGCUUGCUUGUGUUUUAUUUUGUUUUUUGCUUGUGGUUGUUGGGUUUGUUUGUUUGUUUGUUUUGCUUCCAUCCUACCUGUGCCAAACAAUUAUGGGGGGGGGGAAUAACCUUAAAGAUAGCUUUUCUUUCUCAUUAGCAUCAUCUGUUUCUUCUUAUGCUGCAUUCCCGUGAGAUUCCAUCCAAAGUAGCUCACAAAAUAUGACAUUAGCAGCAAUAAACAUCUGCUUAAAAAAGAUUAUGGAAGCAGUCACAACUAAGCACAGGGUCAAUAGGUAAAUGCAUAAUGAAAAUCUUAACUAGGAUGGCAUAAAAUUUACAGGUGUUAAUUUAUAGGUAUACAGUGGACGCUCGGGCUGCGAACGUGAUCCGUGCAGGAGGCACGUUUGCAACCCGUCUGCGCACGCACGGGUCGCGAUUCGGCACUUCUGCGCAUGCGCAAAGCGGAAUUUAGUGAUUCUGUGCAUGCACGAGUGCCGAAACCCGGCAGUAACCCAUUCAGAUACUUCCGGGUUCAGCGCGGGACGCAACCUGAAAAGACGCAAGCUGAAGCGUCUGUAACCCAAGGUAUGACUGUAUAUGCAAAUUUAGAAAUAAUUACUAUCAAUUCAAGAGAAAUAUAGUGCUUCUCUCCAUAGUGGGGAA